AUGCCGUCACGACGCAUCUUCGAAGAGGCGAAAAAAGCGCUAAGGGCCGCCAAUGCGGGCUCGACGCGCGAGUCUUCGCACCGCGAAGAUAAGUCAGAGCGAGAGAAACGGAGAGAACGUGACAAGAAAGGUGACAAAGGCUCGGCGCCAACGUCGGGACCUCCGGCGGCUCGCUCUGCGAGCGCCGCUGGCAAGAAGAUAGAUUCUGCCUCGCGCGAGCGAGCCGGCGGCGACCGAAUGAAAAAGGUGGCGAAGCUCCCGUGCCUGGCGACCGUCGCCGGAACAGUGUCCGCCACGGACCGGAACCACUUGAAGAGCCUCUCUCGAGUCGUCGGCAAGCGGGGCGAGCCUCUCGUGUGGUUCAAAAAAUCAGGGUCGCCCUGGUGGGCUGCCCUGGUCUGCAACCCCGCCGACCCGUACCUGAAUCCCCCCUUGGAGGCCAAGGCGCGUGCGGUGCGCCCGAAUCGCGUCCUGGUGCUCGCCUUGGGAAUCAACACGUACUACUGGGCGCAGCCGUCGAAUAUUCGCGACUUCCGUCUGGCUUACGACGAAUUCGCCCCGACAGCAAAGAAGCUGAACAAGGCGGCUCGCGUGGCGCUUCAGACAGCGCUGGAGGAAUGCAACUGGCGCGACAACCCGGACUGGACUUCGAUGACCAUUCUGCUGAGUCAGGGCGACCAGCUCUCGGACGACGAAGACUGGCUCACUGACCACGACGAGAGUUCGGAUGGAGAGGCCACGUCUGCAGCUCUGUCGCCCGCGGCGCCGACGCCGCCGCCUCUCGCCUUCACCGGUCCCCAUCCGUUCCCGCCCGCCUCGCGCCGCUCCCGCCCGAAUGGCGACGCGCCCGAGGGCAGCAGGGGCCGGGGCGGCGAGACGCGGAAGCACCGCAGGGACGAUAAGAAGCAGGGCGAGCGUGACGAAAGGCGGGCGGAGAGAGGCGAGACCGCUGCGAAACGUGGCAGAAACAAGUCGCGGAAAAAGGAGCGGAGACGCGGCCGCGAGGCCAGACGCAGCGACAGGAGCUCAAAAUCGGCGAAACCUACCGAAAUAGUGAAGACAGCCCAAGACGCCGCAUCCUCCCACUCGUCUUCACACCGACACCGGAACUCCAGUCGAACAGAAAAGAAGAAUCGCGAGCGAGACGAAAAAGCUAAAACUGAAACUGCCUCGGUUCCCUCGUCCCGGUCGCGUGCCUCUUCGCGCUCUUCGUCACCCCGCUCUCGCUCUUCCGCCUCCUCCUCGGGCUCCUCGGGCUCCUCUCGCGCUUCAGGGGGGCACAGCAAGUCUUCUGGUGGACGCCAGUCUCGGUCGAACAGAGAAGACAGCGAGUCCAACGGGUCGUCUGCGACGCGUGGGAGAUCUCGAACGCACUCGGCGAGCAGAGGAAGCUCAAGCAGCAGUGAAAGCCGGUGCAGCUCGCGCUCUGCUUCGUCCCGGUCUUCAGCCUCAUCGGGCAGCUCGUCACGAUCGCGCUCCCGCAGCUCUCGCUCUGCGUCCUCCUCCUCCGCCUCUCGAUCUAGUUCCUCGUCAGCGCCUCGCCGUUCGCAGGACGGAAAUGCGGAGAAGGACAUCAAGAGGCGGCGGGAAGACAAGAGGAAGGAACGCAGAAAAGUUAAGCAACGAGAGAAGACCAACUCGCGGAAGAGAAAAGAAGUGAACAGGAGGGAGAGGGAAGGCGACAGGAAGAAAGGACAAGAACCCGAGAAAAAGGGGAAAAAAGAGGCUCAGAAAUAUAAGGACGAAGAGAAGAAGGAAUCGCCAGACAGAUCCAGAUCCGCGAGCGCGAACUCAAAAGAUGAGAAGAGCGACAGCAGCGCGUCGCGGUCUUCGUCUCGCUCUCCUCGCUCGUCAUCGUCUUCCGCUGGAACAGGGUUGACGGCGCGGAGCAACGCCUCCCCUCGACGUCGUUCGGCCGCCGCGGAGUCCGCGGUCUGGAAGAAAGCAGAGGAAGAAGUGAUGCAAUGCGGGAGGGAAGGCGCGGAACUGGAGUCCUCGUGCUCGUCGUGUGCAGAGAGAGAGGAGGGCUGUAAACCGGGUGACGAGGCGGAUAAAGAGAAGGCGGCAAAAGUGGCACGCGAAGAGGGAGAGAAGAGCUCGCAGCCCGGGUCGCAGUCGGUAGCCUCUUCUGCGUCGCAGAGGAAAAAGUCGGCGGACGGCGAGGAAGAAAGCGAGAAAGAACCCGAUGCUUCUGCGUCUCGGUCUGUCUCCGCCUCGCGCUCAUGCGAGAAGAACUCCGAGGGAGGAUCUUCGCAGAGCGAGAGUGGCAGCGAGAAGGGUAGCGACAGCGAAGGCGGAGACGGAGAAAAAGAAGGGCGCAAAGCGAGCGACGCGAGCUCCUCGUCGUCCUCACGCGCGUCUUCGCGAGCCUCCUCGUCGUCCUCACGCGCAUCUUCGCGAGCCUCUUCGCCGUCGGCACGCCCGUCUUCAGAUGAAGAAGGCGGCAGCGGAGAGGAAGAGGAUAAAUCCGGAGAGAAGGAUGCGGAGGAGGCGACUUCGGUCCGAGGCUCCUCCGAGGCAUCUAGAAGCCACCGCAGCUCUGUCGCCAGCCAGGCCGUCGGCGAAUCGCCGAGCACGAGCCGCAGCUCCUCUCCAGCGAACAGUGAGCAGGGGGAGGAGAACGAGGAAGCGAUGGAAGAAGAAGCCACGAUGGAUGCCGCCCACGAGGGAGCCCGCGAGACGAGCAGCUCGAUCUCGCGGAGCCGUGGCGGAGACCCACCCGCGUCUGGGAUGGAACAAGCCGCGGACGAGGGCAACCCCGGUGCAGAAGUUGAGGAAGUGCUGGACGAUGACAGUGAGAAGAAAGAUGAUCCAGGCGAGGCAGUGAAGCCGAAAGAGAGCGCUUCCGAGAAGGAAAGCCGCCGACGUGACAGCAGACGCUACAGCAGCAGCAGGAGGAAGAGAGACGGGAGCAGAAAAGAGAAGCAAAGCUCGACGAGCGGAGAUAAAGAAAAGGAGAAAGCGGAUGCCAAGAGCAACUCUUCGUCAAAGAGAGACUGGGAGAAAGAGAGGAAAGAAAAGGAGAGCGAAAGGAAGCGCGACAGGAAGACGUCGCGCCACGAGGGGACGAAGGACGACAAAGAAAAAUCGAGCUCGAAACGGAAGGAGGAGAAGAAUAGAGACGGAAAAUCGGCCGAGGCUGAGAAAGACAAGGAACGAUCGAGAAGAAAAGGCAGAGGAGACCGCAGAAUACAAGAGGAGGCACAGUUUACACGCGGGAAGCGGGAGAGAGACAAGGGCGAAAAAGAACGAAGAAGCAAGAGAACAAAGGGAGACCAGAAAGACUCCAACACAGCGAGACAACGCGAGAAGAGGAAAGAAGAGGAUAGCAAACACGAGAGAAGAAGAAAGCUGCGGAGAAAGUCGCCUUCCAGACGCAGCCGAUCGCCUUCUGUAAAAUCGGUUCAUAGCAGCUGUCCGUCGAGACAGGGCGCCAGCCGCUCUGCGUCUGGCUCGGCGGGUCGUCGCGCGGAGCCGAGCGGAUUUCGGCAGAUUCGCUCGCGUCGGCCUUCCGGACGUCGGCUGCCGUCGUCGUCCUCGCUGUCGCGCUCACCGCGGUCCGUCUCGCCGGUGCGCGCGCGGCGGUGGGUUUCCUCGUCGCGGUCGCUGUCACGGCCGCCCGCCUCGGUCCCUUGGUGGGAGGCGAUGGCAAUGAAGCGGACUGAAGCGCGCGGCGCGAGUGCGGCUCGCCCCUGGUGGGAGUCGAUGACGGAGGAGGAGCGAGCGCGGAAGGAGGAGAGAGACCGGGAGCGCCACGAAAUGAACCGUUGCGCGCCGUGCAUCUUUUUCUUCUCGCGGGCUGGCUGUCGCUAUUCAGGCACCUGCAACUUCUGCCACGACGAGGCUCACCGCCCCGAGAUGGAGGCGUCGCGCGGCUUCGCCACGCAUCGGCGGAGCUUCUUCCCGCCGCCGUGGCGCAGCGGGGGCGGGCGCGGGCGCGGCCGCUACUACAGCCGCUCCCCUCGAGGCCGCCGGAGCUCCAGAGGGCGCAGCUUCCGCCGCCCGAGUCGCAGCGGGGGCUCCUCGUCCUCCUCGAGCUGGGGUCACUACUCGUCCCGCUCCCAGUCGUUCUCCUCGCUCGGCUCCGCCUCGCGGUCGCGGAGUCCGUGGAGCUUCCGCUCGCCGUCCAAGCGGCACCGCAGCUGGACGCGCUCGGUCUCCUUCUAG